CAGCGCCCGCGCGAGAAACGUCAGAACGUUAGAAAGUAAAUGAAUAGUACAAAUUGUGAACAGUGUGGUAUUUCGGCCUAGUUAAAAGAAAUAGGGGUAUUAUAUUCGUUCGUUCCUCGAUUUUUGUUCUGUUUUUAUUGAUUGAAUUGUGACGGGAAUACAUACACACGCAUCGUCGUUGACAAGAGCAGAGAGGAACGUGAAAGAAAACAACAAUUGUGCUGGCGCGCGAAUAUACACAAAAAAAACCCUCACACAGAUCCGCAAAAACACGCAAUCACACAUACACACAAGUAACUGGAAACAUACAUAUGUGCAUAUUUAUGUACGUGAGUUUAAUACUGUCCAACAACAAAAGCCGUUGCUAACUUUUGCUUAGACGCUAAAAGCUAAAUGACUCAAAUAUAGUACAAAAAAAGAGAAGAAAAACCUGCCAGUAACCAGAGAACUGCACAGCACACACCCUGCUGAAAGCCUCCGCCCCUCCGUUACAAGUAUUCAAACACAAAAAUAAUACAGAUAAUCUUUACGUGUGCCGCGUCAUGGCUUGUCGGAUGGAGGAGAACAGCAGUGGAAACGGCGGCGGCAGUGGCACAUCUUCACUCAACGGUGCCAUUACUGAUAAGAUGGCGACGGUGAAUCUAGACAGUUCGGACAUAACAAAAACAACGACAGAAACUACCACCAUGCGCAGUAAUGGCAAGCAUAAAACGCCGAGGGAGGACCCACCGCAACUCCAGCAGCAACAGGAGCAGCAGCAAUUGCAACAGCAACAACAGCCGACACCGCAAAAGCAGGCCAUGUCUGCGGAUGAGCGAAAGGCCACCAAGAAAUCUCUAGUCAUUGUUGCUGCAAUAUUUGUUACAAGUGUGGCGACCAUGUGCUAUGUCUAUGCAAUAUUUCCCGAAUUGAAUGAGUCUGAGAAGCAACAUUUAAAAAUACCGCGUGAUAUACAAGAUGCAAAAAUGCUGGCCAAAGUCCUCGAUCGCUACAAGGAUAUGUAUUACUUUGAAGUGAUGUUCGGCGUAGUUGUCGCUUAUGUAUUCCUACAAACAUUUGCCAUUCCCGGUUCAUUAUUCCUGUCGAUAUUGCUCGGCUUCCUCUACAAGUUCCCCAUCGCCCUGUUCCUGAUCUGUUUUUGUUCGGCGCUGGGGGCCACACUAUGCUACACUCUCUCGAAUCUGGUGGGACGUCGCCUUAUUCGUCACUUCUGGCCAAAGAAGACCAGCGAAUGGUCGAAGCACGUUGAGGAGUAUCGGGACAGUCUCUUCAACUAUAUGCUUUUCCUGCGCAUGACUCCCAUUUUGCCCAAUUGGUUUAUCAACCUGGCCUCGCCCGUUAUCGGGGUGCCGCUGCACACCUUCGCCCUGGGCACGUUCUGUGGCGUGGCGCCGCCAUCGGUGAUCGCCAUACAGGCAGGCAAGACACUACAGAAGAUGACCAGUUCGAGUGAGGCCUUCUCCUGGACCUCGAUGGGGAUACUCACAGUGUGUGCCUGCGCCUCGCUCCUGCCUGGACUCCUGAAGAACAAGUUCAAGAAGAAGGAAGCGUAGAUGCGUGAGCCGGGACUAAGGAGUGGAUAGAUACAUAUGCAUAUAUAUCGAUAGAACCGAGCGUCUGGGACUGCACACGACUGCACUGCACGAAUAUGCAACACCCAAGGAUCCAACGAUGCUGGCGUGUUGGAGUCUCCCCAAAAUGCUAUUUCCAAAAAAACAAACAACAAAAAUCAUAAACUGUAUUUAUACACGCCGUAUAUUUUGUAAUUAAACGAGCGAGGGCUCUGUUUUUUAAACC